GCGGGCACAUCGGCUUCCGCUUCCGGCGCGGAGGCGGGCUGGCCGGGUGAAGGAGAGUGCCAUGCCGCUGCUCCGGGUCCCGCCGCGGCUGUGGGAGACGCUGCGGUUGCAGCGCGGCAUCUACGCCCGUCUGCCCGAGCACUACCUGCGCGCGCUCCGCGAAGACGCCGCCGCCCCGCCGCCCGCCGCGCACUGGAGGCCCAGCGCGAUCCCGCGCGUCCUCGACCCGGCCACCGGGCGGCGCCAGCGCGUGCAGGACGUCCCCAUUCCCGUGUACUACCCCCGCGAGAGCCAGGAGGGCCUGUGGGGCGGGGAGGGCUGGGUGAUGGGCUUCCGGUACGCCAACAACAACAAGCUCUCACCCCGUGUGAAGAAGAUUUGGAAGCCACAGCUCUUCUAUCGGGAGCUGUACAGCGAGAUCCUGGACAAACGGAUCACCGUCACCGUCACCAUGCGGACACUGGACCUGAUUGAUGCUGCCUUUGGCUUUGACUUUUACAUCCUGAAGACUCCCAAGGCAGAGCUGUGUUCCAAACUGGGCAUGGAUUUGAAACGCACCAUGCUGUUAAGACUGGCUCGCAGAGAUCCUGCUCUCCAUCCAGAUGACCCUGCAAAGAGAGAGGCAAUUUAUGAGAAAUACAAGGAGUUUGUCAUCCCAGAGGAGGAGGCAGAAUGGGUUGGGCUGAGUUUGGAAGAAGCCGUAGAAAAGCAGCGGCUCCGAGAGAAGAAGGACCCAAUUCCCCUUUUCAAAGUCUAUGUAGAAGAACUGGUGCAGCAGCUCCAAGAGCAGAAACUAUCUGAAUCAGCCAAAGAGCAAAAAUCCUGACAAGGAAUGGGUGGGGAGGUUGUCUUGAAAACCUUCUCUUUGAGCUCAUGUUAAACCACAAAAUGAGAUGUCUCUUGCCUGGAUCAUGUUGGAAUUAUUCACAUGAAGAAGAGGAAUGGCUAUGUUUUGUGUCAGACUGACAAAUGGGGUCUGCUGGUAUGUUGACUAGGGGAGGGCCUGGAGUUCUUGUCCAUUACGAAAGCUUUUGUAUCACACCAAUAAAGAGAUAUAAGUGCUCA